UACUUCCAAAAUGAAUCCUGGUUAUACGAAAGCCGACAUAAAUGCUCUUCCUAAAGUUGACUUUGUUAUGGUUCAACAGUUUCUGGCGACAAGUGAUAAGUUCAGAAAUGCAAACGAGAAAGGAAAGAUUGAAAGAUCGCAAAACCCGGAUUAUUUGAAAUCCGCUGUAGGAAAAGUCCAGUAUAAGAUCGACGGAAGCAUAUACACCAUCAGGGCCAGGAUUGUCCCGGAGCACAAGGUGACGAAGCGACAAUAUAGUGUAGUGGCCAUCAUCAACACGGCUGAUGAGGAAGUAAUCGACGUGUAUUGUGAAAGUGAAUCUGAUGGCUGCAAAGCUGCUGCAGGCGGUUGCAAGCACGCUGUCGCGUUUUUAUUCUUCCUCUACGAUAAAUAUAAUCAGCCAUCGCCAACGGAAUUAUCUUGUCUUUGGAAAAUCCCGCAGCUUGCGAAAGUGGACGAAAAUAUUGAUAACUUUGACUUGGCGAAAUGCAAUCGAUCUGGAGUAACAGCGGUAAAAACAACAGGAAAUGACAGCGGAAGGUUUUUGCAAUUACUUCUCGAAAAGUGUCCGGAAGCUCAAACAAACACAUUUUUAAAAUACCAUCAGUCGUAUCCGCAAGUGGAAUCUUACGCUAUGCACUGCUUGAUUCUUGAUUUUAAGCGAGCUGGUCAACCUUCAUACAGCUGCAAAGCGUUUGUCGAUUACUGUAAAUCCAGGAUGGUACAUGCAGUAUGCGCAGAAUUAGAAUCGGUUACCAAACAUCAGAGUGCCUGUUCGAAAUGGCAUCUUCUCAAAUUUGGGCGGGUUUCUGCUUCAAAAAUUUAUGAAGCCUCGCGGUGUAAAACUCCGGAUCGGUCGUUAGUUUGUUCCAUAUUGGGGCAGUUAUCGAUUUCAACCGAAGCGAUGCGAAGAGGGCUGCGCUUAGAAGGUAAGGUGGUUACCAUCAUCAAGAAGCACUAUCCUAACGUUAGGCGGUGCGGGUUUUUCCUGAACCCCAUAUAUCCGACAUUUGGAGCAUUACCUGACGCCGUUAACGCAACCACUGUCUUUGAAAUCAAGAGCCCUAGCAAGAAGAAAAACACUGCAUACUACAUCAAUGAUGCGGAUGAAUUAACGGAUAAGGUUAAGUCGCAAAUCCAGCUGCAAAUGAUUAUUGCCAAUGGAGGCAAAGGAGUUUUGGUAUUAGUGCUUCCUGGGUUUGAAUCUAGCAGGAAACCAGAAAAGUUUGUACAAUUUCACGAGGAAGAACAAGACGUGAACUACAUCACAUGUGUCAUGAAGGAUAGUUAUAAAUUCUGGGCAGCAAAUGUAUAUGAUAAGUUAUUUGAAAAGUUUUAAUGACUAAAAUUUAGUUUCAGAUUACCCUAGUUUAAACAUUAUUUUCAAACAAAUUACUUAAUACUAUAUUUGUUAUUUUGAAUCUGA